CGUCUCCGCCGCCGCAGGCGCCCACUACCAGCCGGCCAGCCCCCCGCGGGACGCCUGUGUCUACAACAGCUGCUACUGAUGUGAAGGUCAUCUUAAUUUUGGAAGAGAAUGAAAGCGCAAAGAUCUUACAGUAACAUUCCCAAGAUCACCCAGCUAAUAGCAGCCCGUCAGGCCCUUUUGUACCAGAAACCAGGAUCUGAACCGCCGUGUCGUCAUUAUAAUAGUGAUUACAUUUACACGUAGCACUUGAUGUAUGCCAAGCAUUGUUCUGAGACGUUUAUGUAAACGAAGUCAUGUGAGCCCCACAGUUACACGAGGAGGUCGGUACUGUUGUCCCCAUUUUAAAGUGAAGAAAAUAUUUGGAAGCUCUGUGAAUACAUCAAAAACCACGACCAGUAUCCUUUAGAAGAGUGUUAUGCUGUCUUCAUAUCUAAUGAGAGGAAGAUGAUACCUAUCUGGAAACAGCAGGCAAGACCUGGAGAUGGACCUGUGAUCUGGGAUUACCAUGUUGUCUUGCUUCAUGUUUCAAGUGGAGGACAGAGCUUCAUUUAUGAUCUUGACACUGUUCUGCCAUUUCCCUGCCCCUUUGAUACUUACGUGGAAGAUGCCUUUAAGUCUGAUGAGGACAUCCAUCCACAGUUCAGAAGGAAAUUUAGAGUGAUCCGCGCAGAUUCCUAUUUGAAGAACUUUGCUUCUGACCGAUCUCACAUGAAAGACUCCAGUGGAAACUGGAGAGAACCUCCUCCAUCAUAUCCCUGCAUUGAGACUGGAGAUUCCAAAAUGAACCUGAAUGAUUUUAUCAGUAUGGAUCCUGAGGUAGGAUGGGGAGCCGUCUACUCACUGUCUGAAUUUGUACAUCGGUUUGGCAGUCAGAACUACUGAAAUUGACCUCUGGAUGUAGAGCCAUGGAGAAAUUCUAGGACGUGAACAAUCCACCCCUUCAUCUGAGACAGCAAACAUUAUGGUACAUUUGGCUUGGAAUUAUGCUUUCCUCUUUUAAUUCAAUUGAGUUGAAGCAUAAGUGAACAAAAGAAUAAAUAGAAACAAUUUCUUUUUGGUAUGUGAGGUUGAAACUUGAUGUAGUUGCUCAGAUAUUCCUACUGCUCAUUUGUUAAAAAAUGUGAAGACUUAUGCCAGUAAUUGCUUUUGUUAUGAUAAAUGUGUGGACUUUGUGUCUGUUUUGGAUGGUUCAUGUCUCUCCAGCUAUACUGUAAGCUCCUUGAGGGCAGGGCUGUGGCCCGUUGCUCUGUGAAUCUCUAAUGCCCAUAAAAGGUGCCCAUAAAAUGUUUGCUAGUGACUGUGCUGCUGCCUGAAGAGGGCUGACGUUGGGAGCUCAAUCAGCAAUAAGUAUUAGUCUUUCUGGACCAUUCAUUCUGUUCUUAGCAAAGAUCGCAGCCCUCUCAGGCUUAAGUGUUGUUUGGCCUAUUUAUAUAUGUUUUUAAAUAAAAUUGACCUAAAUUAA